GGUUUUCAGGUGGCAGCGAGACAUUCUGUGUUAUGCAGGCUCUCCAAGAUCAUAUUAAGCUUGCUCUCAAGUCUUCAGGAUCUUAUAUAACGACGAAUCAGUUUCGUGAUAAUCUAAAUCAUUUUUCACCUGACUUUCAGAUAAACAACCAAGAAGAUGCCUAUGAGUUUCUACAGUCGUUUUUGGAUAAGUUAGAGAGAUGUUUGAUUCCGAGAAAUAAUAGCCCUGGCUCUGUCUCUUCUCAAGAUGUCAACAUUGUUGAUCACGUCUUCGGUGGCCGUCUCAUGAGUAGGCUUCAUUGCCGCAAUUGCAAUUCCUUUUCUGACACAUUAGAAACCUCUCUCGGAUGGAGUCUGGAAAUUGAAGAUGUUGAUAACCUUUCGAACGCGCUAGAGUCUUUUACCCGUGUUGAACAACUCGAGGAUCAGUUAACCUGUGAUAACUCUAAGGAGAAAGUUUCAAAGGAGAAGCAAUUUCAGCUCGAUAAAUUGCCAUUGGUCGCAACAUUCCACCUGAAGAGAUUCAAGAAUGAUGGACUAAUGAUGAAGAAGAUAUCCAAACAUGUCGAGUUCCCUUUGGAGUUGGACUUGCUUCCUUACAUGAGCGGUAACCAAGAUUCCCAAGUUUCUACAAAAUACCAUCUCUAUGCCAUUGUGGAGCAUCUUGGAUAUAGAGCAUCUUUUGGUCAUUACUCCUCUUAUGUGAGAUCAGCUCCUGAGACAUGGCAUAAGUUUGAUGACGCCAAGGUCACAAGAAUCAGCGAAGAUGAUGCUCUAUCAACAAAUGCGUAUAUAUUAUUUUUUGUAAGAGAAGGAACUCCUACGUUUUCUAGUGCUUUCGAAGUGUCGAAACCUUGGUAUGAAGCUAGUCCAUUAUAUUCUUCACCAAGGUCAGUGCUUGAGAGUAGCUGGAGAGAAGAGUAUGCAUUUGAUCACGAUAAUGAGAAUGGCGAUAAUUUAAAGUUGUCAACAAUGCCAGUGCUUGGGACUAGCUGGACAGAGAAGUCUGCAUUUGGUCACGAUUAUGAGAAUAGCGAUAAUUUCACGUUUUCAACAAAGCCAGUGCUUGAGACUAGCUGGAGAGACAAGUGUGUAUCUGAUCACAGUUAUGAGAAUGUCAGUACUUCCAACAAAGCAUGUAACUACCCGGUGGGAGUAUCGAUCCUGGAUAUAAAUAAUUUAGAUCUACGUUGUUAUGAGUCUCAGGAACAAGUGUUUCAUUCAGCAGACAGUGAUAGUAAUUCUUACAUGAGUGAUAAUUUCGAGUCACCUAAGGCUGAUAAAACAUUUGCUGAGACCUCUUCAGAACAAGAAGAGCCUAAUUUGUCUCCAGAACGCAAAGGUACUAUCUCUUUAGCAUUGAUAGCUUUAGUCUUAAUUACCGUAAACCUGUGGAGGAUACUAAGAAAGAUAAUGUAUCCUCAGUUAAGACUAUCUCUUUACCAUUGAUAGCUUUAGUCUUAAUUACCGUAAACCUGUGGAGGAUACUAAGAAAGAUAAUGUAUCCUCAGUUAAGACUAGCUCUAAUAUAGUGCUUGCUGUUUCUGCAGAUCCUAAGGCUAAAGAAAUUGCUCUUUCAUACCGUAAGAAGAUUCCUACAUCUCGCUCUUCCGCAUUAGGUCAACCUUAUACGAUCAAGAAAAGGAAAAUCUCUAACAGCAGAAGAUCGACGAAGGGCAAGAUUUCGUCUUACAUUUCAAAGUAUCUUGGUGUGUUAUGGGUGGUAGCAUUGGAAUCAGCUCUGAAGCGCAUAGUGAAUAUAUCCAGAAUCAAGUCAAAUGCAUAUAUCUCGUUCUUCAUGGAUCAUGUAAUACCACAUUAGCCUAGCCUAUAAACAAACUAGUAGUACUAGUAUGAUCUUUAGAAUAACUUGUGUGGAAUAAUCCCUGUUAAUAUCUUCACAUAUUCUAACAAAGGAAAAUAUCACUGAACGAACAUAUACACUACAAGAACACAUGACAUGAUCUAAGCGUUGUGUACUUAUAGACGAAAGAGCAAAAGAAACUAGACUUCACUUUCAUUAGUUCAUCAACAUCAACAUAAAUAGAAGCAAAAAAAAAAAAAAAAAAA